AAUUAGGCUUUAAUGGUAGUGGAUAUAAUUUCAUGCCAUACCAGCCUAUUUCUUUUAAAAUGUUGUUACUCAUCAGUGUCUGUACCUGCCUUGGGGUUGCCACAAGCUCUCCUUCCUGCCAUGCAGUGCUAGGGAACGGCCGUGCCCCCCACAAAAAGCUCUGGAUUGCUUAUGGGAGGAGAGCAGCUCUGGAACACCCUUUACACCCAUUGUGGAAGAGAGAAUCCCUCAUUUCCUUGUGAAGAGAGCAAGGCAGAGGCCAGCCUGGUUUUCACAGCCACAUUUCCCACCGUCUGUUUGCCAUGAGCAGGGUGGGACUGACGGGCCAGUGACCUGCGGUCGUGGCAAUUCCGUAGCUGUUCCGAACGAGCCGCUUUGUUGGAGAUCAUCCAUAUCCUGCAUGUAAACAUUACAGCAUGGGAAGCACAGGCACUGAGCUGUCCUGGUGCCUGCUGGGAAGAUGUGGCUCCUGGAUUUGCGCUGUCUCCGCUGAUCAGCGUUUGACCAUCAGAAGGAGGACGUGGAGUGUCCACAGCUCUCUGAGGACUUGGGAUGACAUCCUUGGUGCCUCUUGGCCUCCAUGGCUGCAGGGAGUCACUCUUGCUUUCCAAUGAACCUACAAAAAUGGUGUGGGGUCUAGGCCUGCCAGUGCAGCUAAAGCCAAGGACAUCUAAUGAUUUACUUCAGGGUUGAGUCCGGUUUGUUUGAUUCCAGAUGAAGUUUCCUGUCUCAGUUGUGAAUGUCAAGGACUCGCCGUGUCCUGUGUUUCCCAUGUGUUAUUGGGAAAUGGGCUCUUCCCCUUUCUUGCACGUUGUACAAGCUUUGCUCAUACCACUGACAAAGGGAAAUGAAGAAACCACUUGUCUCCAGCAGCUGUUUCACCCAGACAACAAGAGUGUUGGUUUGCACAGUUGUUCUCCUCAGGUUCAUCAGUUUUUGGAGCUUCUUUGUCUUUAUAUGUAGUUGACCCUUUAUGCAUUUAAACUGAUGUUUCUCUAACACUGCCUUAAAGUGAUUUGGCAUUUAAUUUAUGGGGGAAGAAGUGAACAGGAGGAGGGAGAAGGUGUUUGGUGGAACUCAGUAUUAUCUGUAUUUUGGUGUUUGAGCUGCUUGAAGAGAUGGGUUUGGGCUGAUGGUGGUUUGCACAGCUCAAAGUUGCAUGUCCCUGAUAAAUCUUCAUCAGUCUUGCGUGAACUUGGUCAUCCCUUACAAGUGUCUACCUGAGACUAAAGUCAAGAGCAGCUCCAUGUUUGGGGAUCAGUUUAUUCAAGGUUGAGUAUUUAAAACAAUGUUCUUGAAGAGAGUCAGUUUGGGGUCAGCAGUUUCUCCCUUUCGGGGCUGCUGUUUGGUUGCAGUGAGUGUACUGCAAAGCUGAGCCACACACUGGGUAAAAACAGGAUGGCUGAAAACUGUGGAUCUUCCUUUCACUGGCAUUUUCCCAGUGGUGGCUGAAGAACAUGGUCGGGUGCAGUGCAGUUCCUGUGGCUCCUGUGCUGGAGCACAGCAGUGUCUGCUCCCAGGGGUUUGUACAGCUGCAUUUUUUCCUUUUUCUAUAACUUGCAUUUUGCUCUCAGGAUUGUCUUUAAUAAAAAUAGCCGUCCUCAGUCAUGUGAGAGAGUGAAGUGAAAGUGUGCUGAGCUCAGCUGAACUCUUGGUGUUCCUUUCCAGAUGUGUGGAGGAGGCAGGUUUUACCAAGAGAUUCUUUCGCUGCUUGGAAUUCAGCCUAAGGAAAGACUUUUUUUCCUCAAAGAAAAAAGGGGAGGGAGGGGAAAAUACCAACAACUGAGAACAAUGAAUUUCUGAUUGUAACUUCUUUACCUACAAGGGAGCAGGGUGGGGCAAUACAGCUGCUCAUGCUGUUGUUCCCAUAUCCCAGUGGUGAUGCUGCUUUUUCCGACUGGUGUCUGCAGGAGGAAUAUCUUGCAGCACAUCAUAACUUAGAUUCACAGACUUGUUAAGGUUGGAAAAGGCCUUUAAGAUCAUCAAGUCCAACAUCCAACCUUGAUUUCAAAUCCCAGUUACCCAUUGACCCGAGUAUUGAAACAGCCUGUAAGGACUCAUGACUUUUUUUUUUUUCAUAGUUAUUUUUUAAUGGAAUUUUCCCACUGGGAAGUUACUGGUUGCUCAUUCUCUUUAGGACAUAACAGGCCACCAGACUUCUGCUUUGGAGAUGUGUUGAGUCAGUGGAGAGAAGGAUGGGCCUGGAAGAGCAGACAGUCUGUUCCAAGGCCUGGAUAUGUCUCCGUUCAUGGAUGUCUCAAUGCAUGCACUCCAGGUUCUGGUGUUUCCUGAAGGGCUGGUGAAUAAUGAAUCCAGCUUGGAGUAACUGUGGAUCAAUGGCAAACAUAUUGAUGUGACUCAGGGAAUCUCCACAGGAUGCUCUGGAACAUCUGCCCACACUGAGUAAGGGGUGACCUUCCUCAGCACAGAUGUCUCCCUGGAAUUCCUCGAGGUUUCUAGAGCCAGAGAUGUCACAUCUUUGUUAUUUUGUCCUCCAGUGAAUGCUUAUUCUAAGGACUCUGGCCUUUUUCACGAAGCACAAUUAACUCCUGGCUCUCCUGGAGCCCUUUUCCCUGCCUCUCUCUGGGAGGAAACCUGCUGUGGUUCCUGCUGCCUCGUCACAGCAGCUGAGAGCAGGUGGCUGCUCUUGGAGGGCUCUUAUCCACCCCCUGCCCACCGAAACUCACCUAAAAUAACCUUAUAACUGUGGGGGUUUUGUAGCUGUUACCUCUUGGUGGGGAGAGCCAGGGUGGCUCUGUUCAGUUCCUGUGUUUUUGGAGAGUGUUUAUUCUUCUUAAUUGUGGAAGUGCCAACUUGGUUCCCUGUCCCAUGGCUAAAAUCCCCUAUUUAAAUUUCUGCAUUUUAAGCUGUUUUUGUUCUUGACAGCCUUGGAAGCGAGUUGGGUUUAGAAAAGACACUGAUGUUCCACCCACAGAGGAGUUUAUUUUGGUGGGAGUAUCUGAAUUUUUACAGUCUUGUUUCUAGAAGAGCAGCCCUGCAAAGCUGUGUGGAUUUUGCUGUCAGCACUAACACGAGCGAGGGAAUAAGCCCCUGGCGUUAUUUAAUCCCACAGUUAUCCUUGGAAUCAGCAGCUUCCAGCUCCCCUCUCCAGCCUGGGUUAAGUGUCCCACAAUUGCAGGAUGUGCUGUGGGCAUAAUUGCAGACAGUGGAUGGCAAAUAGUUUUUAAACACCUCGGAACAUUUAUUUCCUAAGGCCCAACUCUUAAAACACUUGAAAAGAAUGGAAAAAUCAGCUCCUGGGGGAAGGAAAAGAUGUUGGAAUUUUUUUCCCGGUUUUACCGUGGGUAUCACAAUCUGUUUCCCAUGAGCUGGCAGUUCUCUUCCAGGGUCUUGAUUUGGGCUGGUGUUGCUGGGUCCUUGUAGAGCUUUGUUUCUAAAGAGAAAACUCUGCAGGUUUCUCUACUUCUUAGAAACAGAAGUUACAGGAGAUGGAAAGAAAUGAGCUGGAUUGUGAUGUUACAAUUUUUUGUUAUUGGUUCUGCAGGGAUGAGCAGCUUUGGCCAGCACUUUUAGCACUGUCAGAGGUCAAUUUUCAUGACAAAAUUAUUAUUUUAUGAGUCUCUUAAAGCGUGUUUUAUCAUCUGUUAUUCGAGCAGUGCCAUUUGUUCAUUUGAGGUGGAAGAUGCAACACUUGGCCUGUCACCUGGAGGGAGAACUGGGUUAAAAAUGGUCACACUGGGAUGAGUUUGAGGCUGGCUGACCAAAAGCAGGGCAGUUUUCGGGGGGGAGGAGGGGAGACCUUGGGUGAUGGGCUUUUGGCAGCAUGGUCCCUCUCCUUGCUCAGACUUUCCAUGGUUUCCAAAGCAAGUACUGUGACCAAUGAUCCGAGGGGACCUUCCCUAAACCACUGUGGGGUGGGCACUUGGGGAUAGAAACGAGGGGGAGGGAAGAUGAGGAGAGGGAGAGUGUUGCAGGGGGAGAUGCUGAGCUGAGACUUUCAUCAGCAUCCCCAAAAUGCCCUCCCAAAAGGUCCUGUUUCUUUUUCAGUGUGCCAAGGGCUAUCUGAGGAGAGGCCAAGCAGCUCCAAUGCCUUUGGAGUGUCCACUCCUGUUUUUCAUGGCUCGAUCUGUGUCACUGUAGCCAGUUUGAACUGUAUGAGGUGCCUCAUCCCUGGCUCAAGUGUGCUUCAAACCUGUGUUUCCUGGCAGUUCCUUUUAUAAAUAACAUGGGGGUUGGGAAUAAAAUGGCAUUAAUGGAAACUGUUGGCUCUCUGUGUGUGACAGGGAGCAGAGAGGAGUUCGGGAUACCCACCAUCACCCCUGCCCUGGGGAUGAAGGAGAUGCUGUUCUGCCUGUAGGGAUGGAAAAUGUGGGAUCAGGGUGUUCUUAUUGCUGCUGCAGAGCAGGGAAGUGACCCAGGAGACACGUGAAUUGUUUGUCAUAGAAUCAUGGAAUGGUUUGGGUUGGGAGAGGCCUUAACUCUCAUCUCAUUCCACCCCCUGCCAAGGGCAGGGGCACCUUCCUCUAGCCCAGGUUGCUCCAAGCCCCCUCCAGCGUGACCUUCCAGGAAUGGGGCAGCUGCAGCUUCUCUGGGCAACCUGUGCCAGAGCCUCACCACCCUCACAGGGAAGAAUUGUUUGGGUUUAGCCCAAAUGAGAUCAGAUGUUUCAAUGGGUUUACAAAGUCAGGUAAUGAUGAUGCCAUGGGAGGGUUUUGGUGGAGCUGGGAAAGAUCCCAUCCCCAAUAUUUGUGUUACCAGCAGGAGCAGCUGAAAUGUUGCUGUCACAAAAAUGCCACCUGCAGACCAAUGGCACGUGUAAUUAGUGCCACCUUCACCAAACCAGGGUAUUAAGACAAGGGUGGGGUGCAGUGAGCAAGCCAGGUUUCCAAACUGGCUGAAGAUGGACCUUGCUGUGGCUGAGUGACUAUUCUCUGGAAAAAAUGGGAACCCUUGGAUAGGUUGCUGGGUCCCCUCAUGUCUCAAGCUUUGGGAAUGGGGUGAUAGGUUGUGUUUUAUCAUAGAACCCCAGAAUGGUUCGGGUUGGAAGGGACCUUAAAGCUCAUCUCAUUCAACCCCCUGCCACGGGCAGGGACACCUCCCACUAGCCCAGGAUGCUCCAAGCCCUGUCCAACCUGGCCUUGGAAACUUCCAGGGAUGGGGCAGCCACAGGGAUUGGAGCCAAGCAGAAAACAAAUGAAGAUUUUUGCUCCUUUUGGGAGACCUGGCAGCUCUGGGGAGCUGCUGGGGGCUCUCAGGUGUGAAUGCUGUGCUUGGGGUCCCAGCGGGAAUAAAACCGGCACCUCCUUCCUGGGACAAACACCGUGUUGGCUGCUCCAGCUGCUGUGAUUCCAUCAGUCCUGGAGGCAGCUGGCAUUGCCCUGCAGAGGCCACACAUGUGGCAUUUCCCAGGCCUGUCAGGCUGUGCCACGUUUGCUUACACGGAGCUUUAUAAAGAGGAGCUGCGGGAGCUUCCUCUGCUCCUUCCCAGGGUUUGGUCCGGACUCUCCCCCAGCACAGCCCUCACUAUGGACACCCUCAAUGUCUCCAUUGCUUUUUUUUUCCUGGUUGUUGGGAUGUGCCAGGUGCUCAGGUGGCUUUCCAAGAGGCUCCUGUCUCCCAGAGCAUAUGGCUGCCUUGCCAGAGAACUUGCUGGCUCGUUACAGCUGUGCAUGAGCUGCCUGGAGCUGAGGAUGCUGAUGGAGAUCGGCCCAUGGGGGGGUGGCUUUGGCCUGGACACGGUCUUGACUCUGCUCUUCCUUCUCUUCGCUGUUCAUGGCGCCUCUUUUGAUGGAGCAUCUGCCAACCCAACUGUCUCUGUCCAGGAGUUCCUGCUGCUCGAGUCCAGUCUCGCAGCCACAGCUGCCAAGCUGCUGGCCCAGGGCGUGGGCACGGGGGCAGGCUGGGCUGUCACCAAGCUCUUCUGGUCCUGGGAGCUGACACAGUUCCACUUCAUCCAGAGCCUGAUCUCAUCGGAGUGCAGCUCCUCCAUCCACACCUCCCUGCCCCACGCUGCCCUCGUGGAAGGCACCUGCUCUUUCCUGUUCCACCUCGUCCUCCUCAAGUCACGUCAGAGUCACCCCCUCUGCCGGGUCCCUGCGCUGGCAGCGACCGUCACCUUCCUGACCUACACAGCCGGAUCAUUCACAGGGGCCUUCUUCAACCCUGCCCUGGCCACAGCCACCACCUUCCACUGCACAGGGAACAGCUUCUGGGACUACAUCCAGGUUUACUGGCUGGGGCCCCUCGCAGGGAUGUUUGCUGCCCUCCUGCUGUACCAGGGCAACAUCCCACGGCUCUUCCAGAAAAACCUCCUCUACAGCCAGAAGAGCAAAUACAAGAUACCCAAGGUGAAGGUGACAGUGCACGAGGAGGGUGAUGAACCGAAGAGGAAGAGGAAGGGGGGGAAGAGCAACUCUGAGCCUUGUGCCUGAGCCAUGGGGCAGAGCGGGGCUCGGCAGCCCCUCUCCUGGGAUAGGGUUUCCAGGCAUGGAAGAUUUUGCUGCUCAUCCUGCAUGUUCAGUCCCUACCACCAGGUGAGACUGUUUUAAAGCAUCGCAAAGGAAUCCUUGCAGGAUGUCCGAGUCCCUGAGCUCCUCUGGGAAUAGCUUUGAAAGACUCCCUGGAGAGCCCGAAAUGUUCCAAGCCUUCGUUGUUAGCUCGGUGAGAAAAAAACUAACACUUUUGCAUCAAUUGCUAAUUGUCUUGUAUUGCCAGGAAGCUCCCAAAAAGACUAUUACAUGGGCAGGCUUGAGCAACCCUGGGUUAUUGCAUUGUGCAGCGCCUGAAAUAACCUCACUGGGUCUCUUGCAGCCAUAAAACCAAAGUAUAAACCAGUAACUGCCUUGGAAACUUAGGAUGGGCAGGAAGCAGGCUUUGAUCUUUCGAGUUAUUAAUGAACAUUGGUCAAAGUGGUGGGGUUUGAGUCAGACUUGAACUGAGGAUGUUGAGUUGCACAGGCUGAACCUGGCAGGUCUUGGAGAGGAAUUAAAAAUGCUCCAAGGCGAGUUCACUGGCCACGGGAGACCCUGCUCCUCUGGGGGUGUGCUUGGCCAGGGUUUUGGUGCUGUAAAACAUCAAGAAAUGGUGCACAAAGGGUCUGUGGUGAGAAAAAAAAAAAAGACCCAGGCAGCCAGUGUGGUUGAGCAAGUGCAUCCCUGGGCUCCGUUUCUUGUCUGUGUGAAAUAUUCCUAAAGAUAAAAUUGUGGUUUGUGGAAUAAUAAUAAUAAUAAUAAAUGUUGUGGUUGGCA